GGGCAUAGUCCUUUCCUCACUGGCUUUAGGAGAGAAGCCUUCCCCCAUCCCAGCCGAGUUAAAAGGGAAAGCAAAGAGGUGGCUUUUAUUUCCUGGAGUAGAUUGCACACACUGACCAUGGCAUCUGAAAAGCCAAUACUUUACGGCUAUUUCCGAAGUUCCUGCUCUUGGAGAGUGAGAAUUGCACUGGCUCUGAAAGGGAUUGCAUACGACUUGGUGCCAGUGAACCUCGUGGAGGAUGGGGGACAGCAGUUUUCUGCUGAAUUCAAGGCAGUGAAUCCAAUGCAGCAAGUCCCAGCCUUGAAAAUUGAUGGGAUCACCCUUUCUCAGUCACUAGCUAUAAUUCAUUACCUAGAAGACACCCAUCCUAACCCUAGGCUCCUGCCCCAAGAUCCGAAGAAGAGAGCCCAAGUCAGAAUGAUAGCGGAUCACAUUGCUUCUGGCAUUCAGCCACUCCAGAACCUAAGCGUCCUGAAACAAAUGGGUGAGAAAAAGAUGGAAUGGGCUCAGCACUGCAUCACAUCUGGCUUCCAAGCUCUGGAGCAGAUUCUGCAGCACACUGCUGGGCGCUACUGUGUGGGGGAUGAAGUUUCCAUGGCUGAUCUGUGCUUGGUGCCUCAAGUUGCCAACGCUGAAAGAUUCAAAGUGGACAUGGGUCCAUAUCCCACAAUAACCAGAAUAAACAAAGCUCUCCUGGAGUUAGAGGCGUUCAGAGUAAGCCACCCAUCCCGGCAGCCGGAUACUCCUGCAGAGCUGCAAGCUUAAAGCCCUUCUACUCAUAAAAUCAAGUAAGCUGGAGUGUCAGAGAGGACAACAGCUACAGCUUGAGUAGGACUUCUGUGCCAGCACGAAGCCUUAGUACUAUUGUCUCACUUUCAUCUGGAUGGGAAGAAGGGCAGAGGACCUGGAAGUAGCCUGGAUGACUUACAGGAGCUAUGCCUUUGCUGGAAAGUUUGCAGCUACUUCUAUGGGUUUUUUUCUAUCUAUCUGAUGUAUCUCCAUGUAGCAGAUUAAAGCAGGAGCAUCCAUAAUUA